AUGGUAGAGAAUCAGCGUUUCGGCUACCUACAGGAUCAUUGCUUGUUGCUGCACCGGGAGGAGGGAGCACCAGCUUGCGCCGUCUUGACCUUCAACUCCAUUUCAAUAUUGCACUUCCAAAGCUUUGUCUCCCAACCACCAUGGAAACGCCAAACAGGAGUUGCAUCUAUUCCUUCGGCGACAAUGGAACUACUGCUACUUGUAUCCGCAACGUUCAUGGAUAAUCGAUGGCCUGUCUUUACUAUUGGUGGAAACAGUGGAAAGUUCGAAAUCCAGUACUAUAUUUCUAAUGGCGUUGUCUAUCAGACAUUUCUCUUCGAGGGUGCAAAACCUCCGAUGGGAUUGAGGACCAAUUUCCUCAUUCGUCAGCUGGAGUUUGCCGAUCGCGACAACGCAUUCAAUAAGGCUGAGGAGAAUGACGAUGGGUACAACACUGAGCUCUCAUCGCCUGACUUGCAUCAUAUCAAGCGAUACCAUGACAAGGAAGAGAAUAACAAACAUGUUGCUCUCUUUAUCUCUGGGUACAUGGACAAGUCCGCUUUAUCAUUCGUAGAAGACUUCCUGUACAGUGGAGAAAAUGAGGGUGUGGAAGAUGAGAGCCAGGCCUAUUGCGUGGUCUGGCCUGAAAGUACCUUAGCCGCCAAGAUAACAUUCGUCUACUCUUUGGAAUUAAUCGAUAACAAAUCUAUCAAAUCGCCCACAAAAACAGUCCAGAUUCCUAUACCAUGGAGACUCCCUGACCAAUCGAUUUCUGACAACCCUUGCUUCACCGAGCUUCCUCACCUUGAUCGCCUCUUAAACCGUAACUUGGAGCACAUAUUAUCAGUCUGCAGCAUUCCAGUAUAUACUGAUACAGACGAUGAAACGGACAACCCGGCUAUCGCCUUGACAUGUGGAGAUGUUGACAAUCAUCGUGUUGCAACUGCUGCGAGUUUAGAUCUUGCCGGCAAUACCACUUGUCCACAUACCUGGGUCAAUGGCAAAGAGAUCGCCAGUUGGGAAAAGAGCCCAUACUUCCCCGACUCCCUGGUUGAUGUUCCGUUCCAUCUCAUCAAGGUCGGUGACUUUUACGAAUAUGACACCUCAAACGAAUUCUGCCAGGCCAUCGGAGAGCCAUGCAAUGUCCCCGGAACAGCUGGGGAAGCCAUCAAGGCUUGGGUCCGGGAUCUUGAUACAAAGAACAAGCUGGGUUAUUAUGCGUUUCCACGAAACAUAAAAGCACCCAUCCAUCAGUUUUACUUUACUGACCAUGUUCUAAUAUGGCGUGCUAUCAAGGCUGCUGAAGCCUUGGGCCUCAAGGAUAAUCUCUUUGUCACUCGCAUGACCGAUCAAAAUAUCGGCAAAGGGCAUUCAAAGAAAAGCCCUAUUAAGAGAUACUAUUCGUCUAGCAUCGUUCGAAGUCAGAUCCUCACCCGUUUUACGGUUGAAAACCCGAUCUCAAAGAAGAGGAUGCUUUCUGUAUCCCGAAGUGCCAGUCACAUCCGGUUUCUUUUUCGCAAUAAGGACGCGACAUUGUUUCAUGCUAUGGACUCUGGCCUUUUUGAUAAACCUGGAGCAACUGCUACAGCGGCUGAGGAUGUUUGGUCCAGCAAACUCGACGUAUGGAAAAACCUUGUGGAUUGUCAGCGACUUCACGAGGAAAAUGAUGACACAACCUGGGACGAGCCACUCCGCUUCGCCCUAUCAAUGAUUAUGGCUCAAAAAAGCAAGUCAAUUAAUUCUCUUUCGCCGAAAGAGAUGCAUGGGCGUGCUGCAUCCGUCCUUACCAACAGUGUCUGGGCCAAUGGCUUGUUCUCAGGACAAUUAGAUUUUGACAAUGAGCCAACAAUCUACACGGAUGAAUGGAAGAGAGACACGUAUUGGGGUUGGACCUUUGAAAUCCCCUACAUUCUUUGGAAGUAUGCCCAGCCUCCAGGUGAGCAAAAGAUUGCAGAUAUUAGCGGGGAGCCUCAGUCAUCGCCUAUGUCGACCCUCGAUCCAGAAUUUUGGAUCUCCCUGAGAUCACUUAUUGAAAAUCAAUCUGAUCGAUAUGCCACGAGCGAGAUCAGGUCUCAGCCUAUGAAGUUUAGCUUCCCGUGGAACAGCCCCGUGAACCAGACGAAUAUUGUCCAGCUUUCAGAUGAGUGGCUUUAUACUUUGCCAGACUUUUUCAAAGACUAUGAUGAUGAUGACGUUGGCGUCGGAGAUCUUGAGGAAGCAUUUCAAAGGCGCAUUAAGCCUUUUGGGGUAGAUUACAGGCCCAUCAGUACAAAUUUGAGAGGAGUUGUGGUUAACGUCCCUCGAUCGAAAGCCAGGAAGAAAACACCACCGCGACUCGAAGACUUAUGUAAAGCCGCGAACGAUCGGGAUUUCCUCACGAGCUUGAUUAAACAGAGACGACUGACCAACACCUCGAAGAAGAGAUUUUAUGCUUCAUUUGCUCCACGUCCAGAACAACAAAGACCGUAUCCACAAAUUCGAGAAGAGUCAGAGGCCAUGCUGAAUUUCUUCUCCAAGCACAUUUCCUACGAUAAGUCUUUCUUUGAAUAUGCAACACUGGAGAAGAAUCGAUGGACUACUGAAUUUCAUCUUUCCUUUUACUCCCUAUGUUGGAGGGGCUACCUGAGACAUCCGCACGAUUUUGUCAUCGAUACGUCGUCGACGAGCAAAAGACUUGAUGACAUGGUGUUGGCUAAAGUAGCCAUGGGCUGUCGAUUUGAUGGUGACCUUUUUGACCGAUACUGGACAGUUUACUUCCUAGAAAGUGACCCAAAGACCGAACUGAACACACCCAAUGUUGAUAGCAUUGUGACGAACAUGCUUCGGAAUCGAAGAGAGAAGGGAGACAUAGACUUUACAACAUUAGAUGUCAACGCAUUGGAGAAUAACAAGGAACCUUGGAGGCAACGCCGAAUCCUCGAGCUUCUGUUAUUUCAGAGGAUGGUAGAUGAGAUGCGCAAGAAUUCUUUCAAGAUUCUGGACUAUACCAAAUCUAACGUUUGGAAACUUCUGACAAAAGAAGAACGGCCAAACGUUACUUUAUAUACCGAAGGACUGCUGCGGGCAACAAAUGCCGAGCCUGGACGCAUAUAUUCAUUCCACAAAGUCAGCCAACGAUGCCAAUCAUACCAACACAUAUUGCAAAUAGUUGAACAAGACUUGGUCGAGAACUUGGCAAAGAUCGAGCUAUGGAUGGACAGGGAACACGAACGUCAGAAUGAGCCUCCUCGUUGGACAUUCAAUGAUGAGAUCCGAUACCGUACUAUCAUCUCAAAGAUGCUCAUCCAGAACAAUCAUAGUGUUCAAGCCCUUCGGCAUAUACAGGCAAACAUCUCCCAAUUCAAAAAGAUGUUGACAAUAGAACUUGAAAGGAUGAGCAAUGAGAUGAAUCGGCGGCGAGAAGAUAACAUUAAGCGAUUUACUUAUGUUACUGUCAUAUUCCUACCACUGAGCUUUGGUACGGGUGUGUUCAGCAUGGGUGAUGCGCCCAGUGGCCAAACUUUGCAAAGUAUGAUCAAAACAUCUGCUGUGGCUUUUGUGGCUACAGCAUUACUGUUGGUAUUCUCGGAGCAGUUGGAAUUACUCUUUAGAUUUACCAAAAACGUCUUUUACCAUUCUUCUCGCCCACUAUCCAAGUUUUAUCAUGAUAUGGCUUGGGUUGUACAAUUCAUUUUUCAGUUCAAUUGGUACAGUUUGGAAGCUCUACUUAGAAAGAUAUGGGACAGAGGUUGCCGGUUGUUUAUCGUAGCAAGUAAUCGGCGUAUACGGAAACGAGAAGCAGUGGAAGAGCCACCUGUUGGACCAGGGACGAGUCAUGGGGAGUGGGAGAGAGUAGAGGUUUAG